AAAGAAAAGAGGAAAGAAGUAAAGUCCAGAAGAGGGCAGUAUAUGCAACUAUAAGGAUGCAGACUGCCGUAAAACACCAAAGAAGAAGAAGAGGCUUCAAAGGUAAAGAAAGGAAAGCAAAACACACACUGUGUGCGACUUCAUGCUAUGACCCGCUGCAGCCAUGCUUACCUGUGAGAUUUGUGGUGAGGAGAACCUGAUGGAGGAGGACAUGAAGACGCAUCUCCUUCUCAGCCACCUGGAAAACGACAUGCACUGCCCGCUCUGCUCUCUCUCUGGAGUGUCCUAUGAUGAACUCUGCUUCCACAUUAGCUCUGCACACCCAGAGACACCGCACAAAGAGCACCAUACACCUGUCAUCACAUCCACCUCAAGCUGCUCCGCUAGAACAAACACUGAGCCCCAAACAGUCGCAAACGUCUUAUCAUCUCAACCCUGCAUGCCCGUGGACAGCUGUGAUACAGCCUCUGUUGUCGCCACACACUCAGUGCAACCUAAACAGAAGAACACAUUUCCUGGAGUAAAACCUGAGCAUAACAAACCCAAACAGAAGAGACUCUCUUCACCAACAGAAGAGAAACUCUUCCCAUGCCCCAUGUGUGCACUGGUCUGCAGCAGCUGUUUCAUCCUGCAGGAGCAUGUUGAGUUGCAUCUGCAGGAACAGAUCUCAGCUGAAGGGUCACCACUGGAGGUGUGUUCACCAGCCACAACAUCACUGUCAGCUCGCAGUCUCUCAGGAGAGAAGAGAUUUGAGUGCCCAUUGUGCUCUGUGGUGUGCAGUGACAGCUUCUCUCUGCAGGAACACGUGGAGCUUCAUUUAGACCAUGCGGGGAGCCCUGGCUCAGACCUGAAGCUGGCCAGACAGCUUCAGCAAGAGGAGGAGCAGAGAAGGAGGCAGGAAGAGGCCCAGCAGGAGAGAGUGGAGUUCAAAAAGCUGCAGAGGCAGUUUGGUCUGGACAGCAGGGGGGGCUACAGCAGACAGAUGGAGAGGACCAUGGAGAGAGCUGUGUCCAGAGGCCUCAUGGCCCCCACAGAGUUUCACUGUAAAAGAGCUGAGAUGAUGGAGUCUCUGGCCUCAGGGGUUGAUGAUGGUAGCACUAGAACACAAGGUGUGCUCAGAGCAUUAUAUGAAUACUACCAGAAUGACUGCAGAGACAGUGUCCAUGUUUGGCUGAGUGCCGACACUGAUCACUACUGCUCCUCAGUGGGGGACAAAGGCUGGGGCUGUGGAUACAGAAACUUCCAGAUGCUCCUCUCCUCUCUACACAGGAUAGACAUGUAUGCUCCCAUCCUCCAAGAGAAGGCAGUGCCUGGCAUCCCUCAGGUGCAGAGGAUGAUGGAGGGGGCUUGGAAAGAAGGAAUUGAUCCACAAGGUGCAUCCCACUUCAACCAGCGCCUGCACGGCACACAAGCCUGGAUUGGAGCCACAGAGAUCUUCAGCCUCCUCACCUGUUUGGGAAUCAGUGCCUGCAUCAAUGACUUCCACCAACCGACAGGCCCAGGUGACACCCACCCUCUUCUGUUUGAGUGGGUGAAGCAGUAUUUCUCUCAGACCAACAAGAGCGGCAGACUGCCACCCAGAAUCAUCCAUACCUCCCUGCCCCCUCUUUACCUGCAACACCAAGGUCAUAGCCGCUCUAUAGUGGGCUUGGAGCAGAAGAAGAAUGGGAGCCUGUGCCUCCUGCUUCUGGAUCCUGGCUCCUCAGUGUCGAACACCAGGAAGCUUCUGAGCAAGGACACUGUCUCCACAGCCAUUCGUCAGGUCAGGAAGUUCCCUGGCAGCCUGAAGCACAAACAAUACCAGGUGGUAGUUGUACGGGGCGUGCUGUCUGCUGAGGAGAGACAGAUUAGCAUCAUGAACUCCAGGACAUUAUGUGCUGAAAAGAUCCCAUGAACAGGAAUACACCUCUUCUCUGUUUGUUUUUACUGUCAAGAAAUAUUUGAUUUGUCACCUCAAGAGCUUUUUAAUGUAGUUAUUUUCUAAUAAAUGUUCAAAUUUA